AAAGACGUUAAAGUGACAACAUCAGAAAGUUACAACCUUCCCGCUUUAACAUUACAAUGAAUAUUUCCCCUGUUAUAGAGCAAGAGCAGAGAUUGCGCAGCGAGAUUAAAGCUACCAUCAUGGACUUUGACCUGAAUUCGUCAUACAUUGAAGAGGAAGACAUGACGUAUAUUUACAGCAGUUCCAUUAUUGACGAUGAUGAUUCUGAUGAUGUUGACGAUUCUCUGCUUGUCGAUGAAGACACUGAUGCGGAAGGUCAAGUUGAAGUUAGCGAUGAUGAUGAAGGAACUCUUGAUGAAGAAAUAGACGACACUGAAUACAUCACUGGAAAAGUUCGUUCUGCAUCUCCAACAAUUGAACAAAAAACUCCAACCAACCAAGAAUCCAAAUUCCGAGCCUUUUUGGUAAAACACGAAAUACCAAGAAAAAUCUUUCAUUCUUCAAUUGGUGUGAUUACGUUGUAUUUGUAUACCAUUGGUGUUGACAUUUCCCAGCUUUUCUUGCCCCUUUCCACAAUCUUUUGCGCUGUUCUUGCCAAUGAUCUCAUUAGAUUGCAUCAUCCAGAAUUAAACAAGAUAAUAUGUAAGUUUAUGUGGUUUAUCAUCAGAGAAAAGGAACGCAAUACCUACAACGGAGUAUUGUAUUACUUGACUGGUGUUUUGAUUGUGUUUUACUUUUUCCCCAAGGAUAUUGGAGUUGUUAGUGUCUUACUUUUGAGUUGGGCUGAUACUGCUGCUUCUACUUUCGGCAGACAAUUUGGUAAAUACACUCCUAAGCUCGGUAAUGGCAAAUCAGUAGCUGGAUCAUUGGCUAGUUGUGUCACUGGAGUUUUGGUUGCUUACUUAUACUAUGGUUAUUUCGUACCAAACUACAAUGUCAAUAGACCCGAGGAUGUAUUUUGGACUCCAGAAACCAGUAAAUUGAAUAUCCAUGCCUAUGCAUUACUUUGUGGUGUAGGUGCCAGCGUUUCUGAAUUUAUUGAUCUUUGGGGCGUUGACGACAAUUUUACUAUUCCUGUAUUAAGCGGGACUUUCCUUUAUUGGCUAGUCAAAGCAUGUCAUGUUUGAAUGAUAUAGAGUUUUAAUGUUUUUAUAUAUUGGUUCAUAAGGUUUACAUUUACUUCUUUUAAUAUACUCACAUUGUACUUUUGUU